CCUGCUGUCAACAACCCAUGCACGUCAUCCCCCUUCUUCCAACUCGAACAGCAGCAGGAGCAGCACUCCGAGUCCGUCUAGAUUUUCCAAGACAACAACGAGCUUCCGUCAGUGUCACAAAGAACUAUCGAUUCGCUUUCUCGACCGCCACAACAACUACUGCCACCAUCACAAACUCCAGACCGCGAGUAGUAGUUCCUCAUCAAGCACCGCCGUAUCAACAUCACCGCCGACCCUUCACCACCAAAACAGAAAAAUUCACCACCGCCCUCACAACCGCCACAAUGUCCGACAUUCCAAACGCCAUGCCCUCCAUGGUCAUCCUCUCGACCUCCAUGAUCUCGCUCAUCACCGGCUUCGUGCUCGGCGUCUACGCCAUCCGCGGCUACCUGAUCCCGCCCGAGCUGAAGGAGGAGCGGCGCCGGAACUUUCAGGACCCCGUCGAGAGCGAGGAGUCGGAGGUGGACGAGGACGAUUACAUACUAGACCACGCGCCCAACUGGGCCAACGGGCUCGAGGCCGAUCAGCGCCAGGGCUUGCGCGCGCGCGGUGCUGCUGCCGCUGAGGAGAAGAAAAAGAAGAAGAAGCAGCAGCAGGAGAAGGCGGCGCCCAAGUUGGGACUGGAUCCGACUGAGGAGUGCAAGUUGGUCUUGGUUGUGAGGACGGAUCUGGGCAUGACCAAGGGCAAAAUCGCAGCUCAAUGCUCCCACGCCACCCUCGCCUGCUACAAGCGCCUUUUCUCUGCCGCCCAGCUCGAGCCCCUGUCGCUGUCGGCCCGCCUGCUCCGUCAGUGGGAGCGCAACGGCCAGGCCAAGAUCGCCGUGCAAACCAAGACCGAGGAUGAGAUGCUGGAGCUGAUGGCCAAGGCGCGCAGCUUGGGCGUCACUGCUGAGGUGAUUCAGGAUGCUGGCCGUACGCAGAUUGCCUCUGGGUCCAGGACCGUGCUGGGCGUUGGUCCGGCGCCUAAGAGCUUGGUUGAUGAGAUCACUGGUCACUUGAAGUUGCUGUAAAGGGGGAAGACUUUGUAGCGGGGAGAGGAUGGAGAAAGUGUGUUAUGUUGACGGUAGCAUGAACGUAGAUACAAAGAGAAGGACGAGAAGCACGAAAAAUGGCGUAACGGGGACGGUAUAAAAGUAUCAUUGGGCUUAGAGAGCGAUACAGUCAGGUAAAGACUUUGAUGCAUGUAAGGCGUAGGUCUUGAUUUUUACUUUUGAAUAGAUUAUCAAGCAACAAGAUGAGUCUCCACAUACACGUAAGCAUAUCAAGUAAACAAAUAUAGUA